CAGCUCUCCACUUUCCAGGCCGCCCUAGAAGCUCUUAAUAAAUGACAGCCCCAUUCCACUUUCACUCUUAACAAACCCACAACACAGAGAUGAGGCUUUGGAGUACGGUUUUGGUGGUUCUGGUUCUGGUUCUGGUUCGAGCCAAAGCAGACGAUGGGUUCGUGAGUACCAGAGGGCAGCAACUGAUACUGAACGGAAGCCCAUUUUACGCCAAUGGGUUCAAUGCGUAUUGGCUAAUGUACUUCGGGUCAGACCCAUCGCAGAGAAACAAGGUCUCCUCUGCUUUUGAAGAAGCCGUCAAGCAUGGGCUCUCCAUUGGCAGAACUUGGGCCUUCAGCGACGGCGGAGACAGCCCUUUGCAGUACUCUCCCGGCAGCUACAAUGAGAAGAUGUUUCAGGGUUUGGAUUUUGCGGUGUCGGAGGCGAGGAAAUAUGGGAUUAAAUUGAUAUUGAGUUUGGUGAACAACUAUGAGAAUAUGGGAGGGAAAAAGCAGUAUGUGGAGUGGGCGAGGAAUGAGGGGCAGUCUAUUUCAUCCGACGAUGAUUUCUUCAGUAACCCUGUUGUGAAAGGGCUGUACAAGAAUCAUAUUAAGAGCAUUUUGACAAGAAUCAACAGCUUCACCGGAGUAGCUUAUAAAGAUGAUCCAACCAUAAUGGCUUGGGAACUCAUGAACGAGCCUAGGUGUCCUUCAGAUCCUUCGGGGAACACGAUUCAGGCGUGGAUUAGAGAAAUGGGUUCAUACUUGAAAUCAAUAGAUGGGAAGCACUUGUUAGAAGCUGGUUUGGAAGGGUUCUAUGGACAAUCAAGGAAUCAAGGGAAUCCAAACUUUCAAGUGGGAACUGAUUUCAUUGCCAACAAUCAGAUACCUGAAAUCGACUUUGCCACAGUCCACUCAUAUCCUGAUCAAUGGCUAACUGGUUCAACUAAUCAGAAUCAGCUCUCAUUCCUAAACACUUGGCUCAAUGAACACAUCCAAGAUGCACAGAACAUUCUGCACAAGCCAGUUCUCUUUGCUGAGUUUGGGAAAUCUACAAAGAACUCUGCCUCUGAUCAAAGGGAUCAGCUUUACAAUGCUGUUUAUUCAGCUGUGUACUCCUCCGCUCGAGGCGGCGGUGCAGCUGUGGGCGGAUUGUUCUGGCAACUUUUAGUUGAAGGAAUGGAUUCUUUUCGAGACGGGUACGAAGUGAUACUUAGCGAGAACCCAUCGACUGCUAACUUAAUAUCUCAGGAGUCUAGAAGGCUGAUUCGCAUCAGGAAGAUGUAUGCUAGACUCAGGAACAUUGAGAAGUUGAAGAGAGCAAAGGAGAUAGGAAGAGCAGAGUGGGAGGAGGCCUUAAAGGGAGGCAACAACAACAGUCCUGGAAAUUAAGCAAAAUAUUGACUACUUGAUAUAAGUUUUGAGGUUAAGAGAUGAGAGUUCUUGCUCAUCCAAAAGCUGAAUGUGGUGCCUUGUGAUAUAAGGAUUGAAAUCAAGAGUUGUCUUAGGAAAUAUUUUGGCUUUCUACAUUUUACAUAUAAGAAAAGAAGUUAAAUAUUUACG